CGCGACACCGCCCAAAGUGGGAGGUAUUCUCCGUUCCAACCCUGCAUAGCAGUGCAGCUGUCGGAUCGUUAAGAGAUGUUCAAAUCUUUUACAUGAAAAAUAGACUCCAGAAACACCGGUUUAAGCUUUAAAAUACCCAGUGACUUGAUAUUAACGCGAAUUCAACGCUGUUUCGGUCAUGCCUCGUCAUUCUGCUUGGCUCUUUGUAGCUGCCCUUUCUCUGCUUGCUUUGAAAGGGUUAGCCUUUGAUGGUGAUUUUAACCUUGAAGAUGCCCUCGUUGAUGCACCUACAAAACCACCUGCUCCAAAACCUAAACCACCCAGGGGCCCUUCAGCUGGAUCUUCAGAUUUAGAUCUGUCUGACUACUUUGACACACCGGUAGACAGGAAGACUACCACGAAAGCACCCAGACUGACUACCACGAAAGCACCAAAGAGGAAACCACAGCCAAAACCACAGCCAGUGAACCCUAAUGAGUUUGACCUGGCAGACGCUCUUGAUGACAAAAACGACCGCAAAAAAGAUAACAAUGGAGAUAAAGGCACGGGUUCAAGAGACGACAACAAUCCAUCUGGAGGUGGAAAGAGUGGCGGUGGAUCCAUCUCAGACAAGGAUCUGGAAGACAUUCUAGAUGAUGGUUACUCUCCAGAUAGGAAAAAAGGUGGCGGUGGUAAUGUACCAUCAGAUGAUCCAGGAUAUGGAGAUAGCACAGCUGAGACUGGCACCAUUGCAGGGAUUGCCAGUGCCAUCGGCAUGGCCCUCGUGGGCGUUGUAACCAGUUACAUCUCAUACCAGAAGAAGAAACUGUGUUUCAGCAUACAAGAGAGUCUGAACAGUGCACAGUAUGUAAAAGGACAACAUUUAGAAGCAGUUGUUGCUGAGGAACCCCAAGCUCAACAAACCCUCCUGCAGUCGCCGUCGACAGAUCCUACUUCACAAGAUGCGGCUCGCGUCUAACCCUCCCCCUGCUGACAUGUCCAACCAGGGCUGUAACAGCGCUUUCUUUGAAGACGAACUGUUUGAGAAGCAGUGCCCUUUAGCCGGAGUUAGCUUUCUUCUUUGGUAGAACUUUCUCAUUAAAAAACGGUGUAUAAGUCUCCCCCCUUUUUUCUUUGUUGUCUCAAAAAAAAAAAAAAAAAAAAAUUCAGGAAAAAUCCUAUAGGUCACACCAGUGUAAGUCACUCCUCCCUUUUUAGGACCCCCUAAAAAUACCUAGAAAAUAGACUUAUACAAAUGUUUUUACAGUAUCUGGAACUUAGAAGUAUGGAAAAUGCACAGCAAAUGUGUUUUUAUUGUAAGAAUUUUGUUUGUUUUUUUUGCUUGUUUAAUUGAUUGUGAAUAGCUUCACUAAGUCAGCCUGUUACACUUGUAAAGAUCUCUAUGGGUGAAGAACUGAGCUGGCUGUUGGUUUGACUCCCAGCUUGAGCCUCAUGCUUAGACUCUGACUAUGUAAGAGUUAUUCAGUCCCUGCUGUUAUAAACCUGUGUGAAAGCAGACCCUACUGGAAGUGACAUCUUGCACUUAAGCUGGGCUGCCAGGCUACUUCAAAAUUACCAACUAAAGGUUGUACGUAAUAAAGGAAGACAGGACAUCUGAAUGUACACGAAACGAUUUAAACCAUUUUUUUCUUUAUUCGUUUUUCUUUUACUAAGUGAACAUGGCCACAUGAUGGCUGCUUGCUGUAAAUAUGUUUCUCCUUAAUGAGAAAACAGCAGAAUCCACAGGUUUUUUGAGGGGGCACAGUCUGGUCAUUUUAAAUAUAAAUAUUUUAUUCUGAAACGAGAUGGUGAUGUUAAUUGUAAGAUUUAGUCUGUUGGAGCUGAAUAACACCAGUCAAUGUAGAGCAUUGUCUUUAUCAUUGCCUGCACGCUGCAGCCUGUCCUAUGGGAUCUGCCAGUGAAGCGGGUUUAGUGUGUGCAUAUUACUUGUUAGAAACCCAGUGUGUUAGUUUCAUGUUUCCCCAGAAUAGUAUGCUGCUGCCACUGAGGCUUUGCUUGUAAUGAAUUCAGCUGUGAUUUCUCUGCCAGUGAUUGAGCACACUUUGAAUGGCAUCCACUUGAGUUGGAGUUUGCAGCCCAUUAAAACCACUGUGUUCCUCGCUUACCUUUGAUCUACUUACAGCAGGAUGAAUUUAGGAAGCUAAAAGAAUUGUUACACUGCUAUUUAGUGUUUCAUGCAACCUGCUGCUGCCUGUUCUUUUAAAUUGUUCAGAUUCUGUUUGAAAGCUUUUUUUUGUCGAAUUUAACAACUUUAAUAUAGGUUACCAGUAUUAAAAAAAAAAAAAAAAACUAAAA